UCUCGGCUCUCGGACUCUCCGGCGUCCUUCGGGCCGCGCGAGGCCCACGACGUCGGCAUGCCGGAGAUCCGCCUCCGUCACGUCGUGUCCUGCAGCAGCCAGGACUCGACCCACUGUGCAGAAAACCUUCUCAAGGCGGACACGUACCGGAAAUGGCGGGCAGCCAAGGCAGGCGAGAAGACCAUCUCUGUGGUCCUCCAGCUGGAGAAGGAGGAACGGAUCCACAGCGUGGACCUGGGGAACGACGGUUCGGCCUUCGUGGAGAUGUUGGUGGGCAGCUCGGCCGGGGGCGGCAGUGAGCAGGACUACGAGGUCCUGCUGGUCACCUCUUCCUUCAUGUCCCCCUCGGAGAGCCGCAGUGGCUCCAACCCCAACCGCGUCCGCUUCUUCGGGCCUGACAAGUUGGUCCGGGCAACUGCCGAGAAGCGCUGGGACCGCAUCAAAAUUGUCUGCAGCCAGCCCUACAGCAAGGACUCCCCCUAUGGUCUGAGCUUUGUCCGGCUUCACAGCCCCCCAGACAAAGAUGAGGCAGAGGCCCCAUCCCAGAAGGUGACCAAACUCGGGCAGUUCCGCGUGAAGGAUGAGGAUGAGAGCAGCAGCGCCCUGAGGCCAGGGGCCCUCUUCUUCAGCCGGGUCAGCAGGACGCCGCCCGCCACAGCUAGUGACCAGGCAGGACCCAGCUAUGCAGCUGCCACACUCCAGGCCUCCAGCACUGCCGAUGCCCCCUCAGCGCCCCCGGCCUCCAAGGCUGUGGGCAGCACCCCCAAGGAGUCCCCCAAGGGGAAGCGGAAGUUGGAUUUGAACCAAGAAGAACGGAAGACCCCCGGCAAGCCAACAUCCCAAACCUCACCACCUGCCCUCAAGAGACCCAGACCCUCCCCCCGGACCCCAGCCCCCCACUCAGCCCCUGCGCCAGCACGCGGGACAGGGACAGGCAAGCCCUCAGGAGGAGGCUCCAAGCCCAAGGCGCCCCAGCCUGGCCCCCCGGAACUGGGCAGGAUCCUUCAGGGGGUGGUGGUGGUGCUGAGCGGCUUCCAGAACCCCUUCCGCUCGGAGCUCCGGGACAAGGCCCUAGAGCUGGGGGCCAAGUACCGGCCGGACUGGACCCCAGACAGCACCCACCUCAUCUGCGCCUUUGCCAACACCCCCAAAUACAGCCAGGUCCUAGGCCUAGGUGGCCGGAUCGUGCGGAAGGAGUGGGUGCUGGACUGUCACCGCAUGCGCCGGCGGUUGCCCUAUCAGAGGUACCUCAUGGCGGGGCCAGGCUCCAGCAGCGAGGACGAGGAGGGCGACCCUCAAGGUGGUGGCACUGGAGAUGACGCCCCCAAGCUUCCUCAGAAGGGCCCCCAGACCAAAACCAAGCCCCCUCAGACAGCAGGACCCAGCUCACCUCAGAGGUCCCUAACACCUGAAGACACUAAACCACCCACUCCAGGGACCCAGGAGUAUACAGACUCCGAGGGGGACCAGUCAGAAGGACAGGACAAUGGGGCAGAAGAUUCUGGGGACACUGAGGAUGAGCUGAGAAGGGUGGCCGAGCAGAGGGAACGGAGGCAGCCCCCAGGCCAGGCGGAGAAUGGCGAGGACCCAUAUGCGGGCUCCACGGAUGAGAACACGGACAAGGAGGAUCAGCCCGAGUCCCCCACCCUGCCCAUCCCCGAGCUCCCAGACUUCUUCCAGGGCAAACACUUCUUCCUGUAUGGGGACUUCCCUGGGGACGAGCGGCGGAGGCUCAUCCGAUAUGUCACAGCCUUCAAUGGGGAGUUGGAGGACUACAUGAGUGACCGGGUCCAGUUUGUGAUCACUGCCCAGGAAUGGGACCCCAGCUUUGAGGAGCCACAAUGGCGCACACACCCUGCCUUGCAGGCCCUGAUGGACAACCCCUCCCUGGCCUUUGUCCGUCCCCGAUGGAUCUACAGCUGCAACGAGAAACAGAAGCUACUUCCCCACCAGCUAUAUGGGGUGGUGCCGCAGGCCUGAAGGAUGCGCGCGCGCGCGCGCACACACACACACACACACACACACACACACACACACACACACACACACACACACACACACAACUCGGUGAGUUUAAUAAAGACUUGCUGUGGCGCUUCCCACA